GAUAGAGAUACAGAUGUCGGACUCUUUGCUUUGGGAUUUGGAACAUUUUCCAAAGCACCGAUGGGCUGAGGAGACGGAUCCUUGCAUUUCUUCCUAAACACUGAGAAUGCUCCCGACUGUUUUCAUCUUUUUCCUGUAUAGUAGUUUUAUGGAAAUAUUUGAGAGAGGACUCCACCUCCACAGGGAUCAGAAAUGGUGCGCAAACUUCUGUUGCCCAUCGCUUUAGUUGCAAGCCUCAUCACACCUGAGCUCUCAGGUGCCACAGCUGCUAAAAAUAGCUCUCAAGUAAAAAACAAUUCAGGGGUGACACCAGCUGGGCUGUGUGGGACCUGGAUAAAGGAGCCUGAUGGAGGGUCUUUUACCUCGCCCAACUACCCUGAAAAAUACCCACCUGAGAGGGAGUGCAUCUACAUUAUAGAAGCCUCCCCCCGGCAGUGCAUCGACUUGUUCUUCGAUGACAGGUACUCCAUCGAGCCAUCUUGGGAAUGUAAGUUUGACCACAUCGAAGUCCGCGACGGCCCCUUCGGUUUCUCUCCCAUCAUUGGUCGCUACUGCGGCCAGGAGAGCCCCUCGUACGUGCGCUCUAGCGGGAGGUACCUGUACAUCAAGUUUGUGGCUGACGGCGAACUGGAGGCCAUCGGUUUUUCAGCCCGGUACAACUUCACACAAGAUCCUGAGUUCAAAGAUGCUGGAGCACUGCCACCUCUGCCGUUUUGCGACUUUGAGCUGAGCGGUCCUGAAGGCUUUGUAGAGUCGAUCCAGAUAUCCAAGGAGGGCCUGGCCCUGCAGACUGAGGCUGUGGACUGCAGGUGGUACAUCAAGGCUCCACCGAAAGCUAAGAUCUACAUGCGUUUUCUGGAGUACGAGAUGCACAACUCCAAUGAGUGCAAGCGCAACUUUGUGGCCAUCUACGACGGGAGCAGUUCAGUCGAGCACCUGAAGAAUAAGUUCUGCUCCACAGUGGCCAACGAUGUGAUGCUGAUUUCCUCGGUGGGCGUGGUGAGGCUGUGGGCUGACGAGGGGAGCCGCAGGAGCAGAUUCAAGAUCCUCUUCACAACCUUCCAUGAACCUCCAUGUGAAGGAGACACCUUCUUUUGCCACAGUAACAUGUGCAUCAACAACACUCUGGUCUGCAAUGGUGUCCAGAACUGUGUUUACCCCUGGGAUGAGAACCACUGCAAAGAAAAGAGGAAAGCCAGUAUCCUGGACACUCUGGAUAAUACUAACCUUACCAUCAUCGGGGUAACUUGUGGCCUGGUGGUCAUCCUACUCAUCAUCUCUGUCAUCAUCCAGAUCAAACAGCCGCGCAAGAAGUACAUCAUCCGCAGAGAUGACUUUGACCCAGCCCUCCUCCACCCGGGUUUCGAGCCUCCUCACUACGAGCUCUGCACUCUGCGACGCGCCCCAUCCGGCGACCUUACUGACGCCGCCAUGGCCGAGGACUAUGAGAAAUUCCACAAGCUCCGCCGCUCCUCCUCCAAAUGCAUUCGUGACCACCACUGCGGCUCGCAGCACAGCAGCGUGCACGGCAGCGUCCACGGUAGCCGCAGCAACUUGAGCGUGAGGGACGCCACCAUUCUGGUCGACGGGGGGCCUCUCGUGCCGCCGCCACUGCCGCCGUUGAUGGUGAGCCAGCAGCAGUCGCCACAUCUCUCUCAUCACACCACGCCGUCCGGUCGAAGGAGCAUCCUGGUGAUGAAACACAGCUACUCGCAGGAUGGGCCGGGCGGCUGCGGGCUGGAGGACGAGGACGACUUGAUGCUGGACGACGGUCGCACCAUCAGCCAACACCACAUCCACCACCAUCAGGUCCACCAUGGCUUGUCAGGACUGGAGCAAACUGUGCACCGCACUCUGUCCAAUGACUUCUAAUGGACAGCCACAUGCAAACUCAGCUAGUGGUGGGAUAAGCAAAAGCCAAAUGUAAAAGAAUUGAAAUUGGUAGAAGGAAUGAAUAGAAAAGUUCAACAAGGUUUGAUGAAAAAAUAGCAGUGACCACCAGACCCAAUUCUUGACUUCGGAAGUUUUUUACAGCCUGAGAUUUACAGUGUUUUCUGGGGUAACAAUUUUGUAAUAAUGAGGGAUUUAGUAAACACUCAUGGUGUAAUUACAGUGUAGCUGUUUUGUAAUUAUAGUGUACAAACCAAGUAAUUAUGGGUUAACAAAACUAAAUUCUGGGCAAUUCAGGAUAACAAUUUUGUAAUAAUAAGGGACUCAUUAAGUAAGUAUGGUGUGAUUACAGUGUAGCUCUUUGUAAUGAUGGGGUCCCAAACAUGACUUUAUUUUACAGGGUGUACACUCUAUAGACUCAGACAACUUUAUUAAUCCCACAAAGGGCAAUUGGUUCAAGCAGCCCAACACAACACAUACAAUAACACGUAGAAUAAAUUAAAAAAAAAAAAUACAAAGAUGCUAGGAAUGCCGUGGAAUUGGAAAACAAUAAAUAGAAAAGUGACAAGGUUAAUGAGUAUCGGCCCAUAAGAUAGGAAAGGCCAUGUCCACAGCAUCCUGGGUACAUUUGAAAAUGCAUCUUUUUUUCUCCAUUUUCUUCCAUCCACACUGAGCUGGUGUUUCCUGCCAUGGAAAACGGAGCUUGAGGUGUGAGUAUGCUAGUGUAAUGUAGUGUGAAGGGAAGGGCAAAGUGUCAUUUUUUGCCUGGCUUAGUCUGGAUAUGGCCUAAACUGUGAUACUGAAAAACAUAAAUACCCCAUAGUAAUGUUUUUUGGUGUGUCAACAACAAUAGUUACACCAUAACUACUUAAUAUGUCCCUCAUUAUUACAAAAUUGUUACCCCUUAAUUCACAGUUUGGUUGUAUUACCCUGUAGUUACAGCAUAAAUGUGGCUUGUAAAAUAAAGUGGUGGCCUAUACGUUUUAUAUUUUGAACUCUUGUAAUGCUAUCUCUCAUGCUAUCUCAAUUUCUAUGGUUCAUUUUCUGAGAUGCAGUGUUCGCUAUAUGCUGCAGUGUGGACACGCUGCACACUACAAUGCGGACAAAGUCGACUGGAGCUUAGUGACUACAAUGAUACCCCUCAGCCAAAGAGAUUUUUCAAAGUUUAAGAGCUACUUGGCAACAUCUUAAGAACCGCAUUGCUAUGUUACAAUGAUUUAUCGGUGCCCAUUUUAGACUUUAACGUGGGGAUGGAAGGAGAGUAAAUUAUGCCAUCUUCCUUCUCCUAAAAUAUGAAUCACAGAGACACAUUCAUGUGCAGCCACUGAAAUUCUGCCCACUCAUUCUAAUGCUUCGUGUUUUUUUUUCUUUCCUUUCUUAUUUGGCUUGAAUUGUCAGUCAUUAUCUAGAAAAUACUGUAUCUCUAAUUACAUCAUAUUUGUGAAUGAUGUAAUGUAGUUUCCUGUUGUCAAUUUUCAAGCAUUAGUUGUGGACCACCAAAGCUAAACAACUGUAUAAUCACUGUUAGAUAAAUGUGAUUUUACACACAUAUAUGUAUCCCAGUUCCUCCAAAUUAAAAUGGAUACCGGAUCCAUGUUUAAAAUUAAUACUUGUAUUACAAGUAUCCAGUAAAUACAUUUUGGUACGGCAUCCUGCUCCACAACAGCAGUAAAUAUGCUACAUAAUACUAUACAGCACAAAAUGAUUUAAAAGCUUGUGGGCUUGAAAAAUAGGAUUACUUAAAUUAUUAUUGACAAAUUCUGAAAUCUGAGCAAUGCAUGAAACUUACAGACAUCUUGGCGUCAUGGAAUGAGGAGGAAUGUUUUUCUGCUGCUGUGAAUGGAUCUAUGACUUUCUUGUUUGUUUUGAUUUCAGAGUGUUUCAAGGAGUUUGUGUAUGUGUUGCU